AUGACGAAGGGACACUUGUCUGAGAGACAUUGUUCGCUGCGAGGAGUUCAACGAAACAAGAACUUUAUGAGGCAUUACCACGAAACUACUUUACGGCUUUUUAACGAUGGAAGGUGCAUCAGAUAUUGCCUAAUUUAUCUGGAUUUCCUAUUGCUGUGUUUGCUGCUCUUAUCGGAUCUUAACUAACUUCCUUGUUUUUUUUAUGAUGUUGCCUCAUUUUUCAAGGGCCGACGACUAUUUGAACGAGCUUUUCCUGAAUGCUGCUAAGGUGAGGUUUCAGCUGUAGUGAUCAUGUAACGCUUCCGUUUAGCGUAAUUACUUUUAGUUUGCUGCUUCGUUAUCUGUACUUUUACUUUGUAUGAAACUUUUGAUCUGACUAACUCUAAUUCCACCUUUUUAAAUACAGAAUGGUGACUAUGAACGAGUUCAAAACUUUCUGGCUCGAACGUCAAGAAACAGCGUAAGUUAAUACACGUAAAGUAAGCUUGCAAUACUAUACAUUCAGAAAUAAAAUAGAAAUCUAGGCCACUAACAAUGGAAGGAUAAAUAACACCUAGGGUAUUUGUUACUCCAGCUUAAUCUAAAUUAAACUUUUGCAAGCAUUUGUAAAUUUUACAUUCAAGGUGCUCGUUAAUGAAUAAGUGUCUAAGUACAAUGUAUUGUAAAAUUGCUUGUUUUGUGUAUCUGUUUUAAACUCAGUCUGUCGACGUGGAUGCUAAAGACAAAGGCGGUUACACUGCAGUCAUGUUAGCAGCAGUGAACAAGCACGAAAAGGUGAUGAAAUUCGAGAUUAUUAGCGCCAUUUAUACUGGCUCCAGUUGUUCAAAACGCAGAGUGGGUAGCGCUAUCCAACAGGCCCCAGUUUUUCAAAAGGUGGAUAGUGCUAUCCAGUGGAUAAUGCAAUUGGUCUUCAUAUUACUUAUCCGGUGGAUAGGGCUAUCCAUCGGAUAAAUUUCUAUCCACAGGAGAGUAAUUUAUCUGGCCCCGGUUGUUCAAAUUUUGGAUAGCGCUAUCCACUGGAUAAAUCACUACAUCCAGCGGAUAAGUAUUAGGGACACCAAUUGCACUAUCCACUGGAUAGAGAUUUACCCACUGGAUAGUGCUAUCCACCUUUUGAACAACUGGGGCCUGGUGGAUGCGCUAUCCAUUGGAUAAAUCUCUAUCCACAGGAUAACGCAAUUGGUUUUCCUAAUCCACUGGAUAGUGAUUUAUCCGGUGGAUAGUGCUAUCCAGCUUUUGAACAACUGGGACCAGGCUCCAGUUGUUCAAAAGAUGGAUAAUGCUAUCCAAUGCAGCCAGAUAAAUCUCUAUCCACUGGAUAGUGCAAUUGGUCUACCCUAAUACUUAACCACAGUGCAUAGUUUUUUAUCUGAUGGAUAGUACUAAAUAAUUUGUUUGUGGCAGGGAUGUGAAUUGCUAGUUUUUGAGAACACAAUUGUUCAUUGUAGGCUACAAACUAUAACUUAAGGCAGCAGACUGAAGAACUGGGACUUAGGUCUGGCGUUAGAAUAAUGAGCUUGACUGGGCUUAACAUCAGUCUUAAGAAGUUUGACCUGACAUAAAUUUAUUAAAAUGCAACAUGCCCCAGGACACGCACACACUUAAGUGUUGUGUGCCACAAUGGACUUCUUUUACUAAUAUCAUAGGUGACGAAUUACUCCUUAAUUUUGGCGCGAAAUUUCAGCAUUAAUUUGUAAUUUCACAUGCGAAAUUACUAAAUUGCCAUGGCAACCUGCCGUACGUCUCAGUGUCAAGAUGGUGACAAAGUUUUAAAAUGUCAUGAAUGAAGAUGUCAGGGCAUAAAAAGACGCUUUAGAACACCUGAACACCCGAAAGAGCACAUCANUUUUCCUAAUCCACUGGAUAGUGAUUUAUCCGGUGGAUAGUGCUAUCCAGCUUUUGAACAACUGGGACCAGGCUCCAGUUGUUCAAAAGAUGGAUAAUGCUAUCCAAUGCAGCCAGAUAAAUCUCUAUCCACUGGAUAGUGCAAUUGGUCUACCCUAAUACUUAACCACAGUGCAUAGUUUUUUAUCUGAUGGAUAGUACUAAAUAAUUUGUUUGUGGCAGGGAUGUGAAUUGCUAGUUUUUGAGAACACAAUUGUUCAUUGUAGGCUACAAACUAUAACUUAAGGCAGCAGACUGAAGAACUGGGACUUAGGUCUGGCGUUAGAAUAAUGAGCUUGACUGGGCUUAACAUCAGUCUUAAGAAGUUUGACCUGACAUAAAUUUAUUAAAAUGCAACAUGCCCCAGGACACGCACACACUUAAGUGUUGUGUGCCACAAUGGACUUCUUUUACUAAUAUCAUAGGUGACGAAUUACUCCUUAAUUUUGGCGCGAAAUUUCAGCAUUAAUUUGUAAUUUCACAUGCGAAAUUACUAAAUUGCCAUGGCAACCUGCCGUACGUCUCAGUGUCAAGAUGGUGACAAAGUUUUAAAAUGUCAUGAAUGAAGAUGUCAGGGCAUAAAAAGACGCUUUAGAACACCUGAACACCCGAAAGAGCACAUCAAGAAGGAUUCUUAGAGGUAUGUUGUCGAAAAAUUCUGAAAACUUAAGCCAAAUUUCAGCUCUAAAGGUUUGAGAGAGUGGAGUCACGAUUGAUCGAUACGAUCCAGCAUAAAUAAGUCAAAAAUCCUCAAUUGCUAACGUAAUUCGUCACCCAUGAUAUUAAUAGGUAAUCAAAUGGUAUACUCGUGAAAUUAGGGAAUAAUUUAACCUGCGUUUUGUCCAAAAAAAAAGGCUCGGGAAAUUAUUAGGCUUUGGACAAAAUGCGUGUGAAAUUAUUCCCUAAUUUCACUCGUCACCAUUUGAUUACACGUACUAAUAUUGUAUUAAGCAUGUUCAAACUCUGACUAAUAAUGUAGCAGUUUUGUUUCAGUGAACAAUCGCAUUGCCUUUAAAAUUUUUUAUUCUUCAUCAUUAUGCUAUUUUUAUUAUUAUCAUGAUCAUUAUUAUUAUAAUAAUUAUUUAUUUAUUUUUCACAUGAAAGUCUGUUGUAGGGUCUCAGCUUGAACAUUCUGACUUAUGGAGUUUUUGAUUCACUUCCAAGGAGAACAAAAAAGAAAAAAAAAACAAUAGUUUUCCUUUAUGCUUCUGAUGUAUAGGUGGUGUCAUUGUUAUUGAACUAUGGAGCUGACAUAACUCUGUGUAACAGCAAAGGACAGUCAGUUUUGGAUUUUGCCCCAGACUCAAUGAGACCACUUCUUCUAGGUAUGUUAAAUAGUCUAAAACAUCUUUUUGGUUGGAGGUGGCGUGGGCGAGGAAGACAGUGGACAAUAGAUAGUGAAUGCCCACAGUCAGCUAGUGUGCAAAGAAAGUCGUGUCCGAUAGCCCGGGACUAGUGGAUUUUGCUCCAGGGCUAGUGAUUUUUGUUUUUAACUUGCCCGAUGGGCAAGUACUGUUUUUGGAGGAAAUUCAAAUUACAGAAAGAUUGUAAUCAAUCCUGCUAAUCAAAAAGGGUCUGGGUUAGUUGAAAUGACUUGUGGGCUAGUACAUGCUAGCUACAGCUUGCCCGAAUGGCAGGCUGUAAUACUGACUUUCUUUGCACCCUCACAGUACCCUAUUUCCUCAAGCUUAAGCCUUGUAGCGAAGUAUGAAUUUUAAUAUAUUAAAAUUGGUCUUUUGAAAUUCCCUCUUGCUUGAGUAAUGUACAAGGUAAGCUUAGUUUUAAUGGUUUUAAUGCUAUUAUUGAAUGAAAAUUCGUGGGUUAAAUAGAAAUGUAAUUAUGAUGUUUUUAUUGACUUUCAGGUUCUGUAGCACGCCAAGGUUAGUUCAGUUGGAUUUGUUUAGUUCAAUAUCUGCUACAUGUAAAUGUAAAGUAAGAUUGUUUUAUAUAGUGUGACUUCAUAAUUAUACAUUUAAAAAUGGGUUGUAUUACUGUACUGUUGUGGCAAUUAAUUAUUAAAUAUUGUGAUAGACGUACAGUUUUGCAAGAGUCAGUUUACAGUGUCAUUUCAUAAUUGUCUUUCACAAGAGUUAUCAGUUCAGAGUCAAUGGAGAAAUUCUACUGACUAACCACUAUAUAUUGUCACAUAAAUGAGUAGUUCCAUGUAUCAUUACACUGCUUGUUUAAAUAAUAUUAUCUUACUUUGUGUACAGGGUAUUCCUCGCGUCAUUUACUACAGGCUGCUUGGCAAGGAAAUUCACAGCUUGUAAAGAAGUUACUAGUAAGGGACCAAUAAUUCUUGUAUUAAAGAUUCUCACCCUUACAGGUUUCAAGUUGUUCUUAACUAUUGAAUGUGCUUUCAGCGUGAUUGUGUUCAGUAAGGCAAAGUCAUCUCAACUUAUGUUUCAGGCUUCAAAAUCAAGAUCAGCCAUGUUGGACGUAAACUGUAAGAAUGCUGAUGGCUUGACUCCUUUGCUUCUAGUUACCAGGGAUUUAAACCUCUUUGAGAAAAGUAUGUGAUUUAUUAUCAGUACAGUAGAACUUGAACUUUGAUUACUCGAAUUCCCCACUAACGUGAACUAAAUUUCCUUUCUCUUGAAAAUGCCAAUCAGAGUGCGUGUAGUAUUGUAGCCAUAAAGAUGUAAUAUAACUAUCUUAAAAAAUAAAUAAUAUUUUCUGCAAGGUAUCCCAGUUUUCUGACCUUAUUAGUUCAAGUUCUGAGAUGAAAAAACAUUUGAUCAUAUUAUAAUAUAAUUUUUGCCAUGAUAUACAGUGUAAUAUUUUGUUAUUACUAAGUAUUUUAUGAUCAUGAUUACACUUGUAGUUGAGAAAGCUGUUCUGAAUAAUGGUUACCAUCCAGCAGAGGUGGUCAAAGAGUUGCUUCAACACAAUGCGUAAGUUGUAAAAUAUAACUUUGCCACCAGACUUGAAAAAUUUCUUUAAAUUCUGUUGCUUUCUAGGGCUGAUUUAAUAUGGUUUGUAUUAAUUUUGGUGAACUUUUGGUUCCUGCAGUGACUGUGGAGCUAGAGACACUGAGGGGAAGAGGCCACUUCAUUUAGCAGCGCACUGUAAAGGAAGCCAUGCUAAGAAUGUUGUUGAGAUGCUCAUUGAAAAGGCGUCAAGUGAUAUUGGUGAGUUUUACUCCCAGGGUCGGAGAGGGGCACUUUGGGGGUGGGGGAUGGUAGCAUUUUUAGAGACUAAUGUGACAAUGCACAAGGUGCAUGCAGUCAAGAGCUUCUUCAGUUUUCAGUUGUUGUUAGAAAUUCCUAUAUGCAUGUCACAUGCUUAAUUUAUAGUUACCCUUAAAUCAGGCAUUUUUUGAACAUUAAAAAUGCUUGAGUCAGUACAAUUAGAUUUUUUAUUUUAUUUUAGAGAGAGUUUCCAAUUAAGGUUCUGUACAUGCUGGAAACAUUGAUAUGUUCUAAAGGCUUACAACUGUACCUGUGGAUAAUUUGACUGAAAUUAUUAUUAAUUGCAUAUGUUACUGGUUUGCAGAUGUACCAGACAGGUUUAGCAACUCCCCCCUGCACUGGGCAACCAAAGAAGACAAUCAGCCUAUUCUAUUGGCUCUUAUCAAGGGGGGAGCUAAUGUUAAUGCUAAAGGUUAUGUUGGAAAGACUCCUCUCCAUAUAGCUGUAAGUGAGGGUUGUGUGUAUGGUACAAUUACUAGGGUAUAGCUGUUGCCUUUUGAAUUGUGUUUAUUAUGAUUUGAAAAAAAAUCCAGUUAAAAAGGAAAAACAUGAGAAACCAAUGAGAGAAUUAACAUCUUGUGAACGUCAGCCACCCACAGAAAAAUCGUUCAAACUCAAUAGGUUUGGAUAACUUUUAUCCAGCAGAAUUUUUGGUUUAAAAUACAGUCAUGAGUUUGCUAAAGGGAAAUGUGUUCCAAUGGAAUGUUGCAGGCUACACAUUGGGAAUAUCACUCCUUGUGAUUACCCUAAACCCUGCCAGCACCAAGAAAAUAUUUUUUCACUUAGAAAAAAUCUCCAGCAAAAUAAAAUGUCAACAUAGUAUUUUCGAGUUAUGAUCUGUAUUGACUGGUUUAACAAAAAAUGGAUAUCUGAAUGUAGCCAGAAGAAUUCUGCCUCAGUGUUUACUAAUACGUAAACUUUUAAUAAAUUCAUUUUAUUGAACAGGCUUCCCAUGGAUAUGAAAAAUCAUCUGGAACCUUGCUGGAUCAUGGUGCUGAUGUGACAAUCACUGAUGACAAUGGUAUGUACAGCUGUGUGUGCAGAAAUCAGGGAAAUUGAGUUUCACUUGUAAUUUAAUGCAAAAUUGUCGCUUCAGUGAUUCCCUCGAGAUGUCAGACUCUCUUCUCUCAAGAUGAGAUACUUGUCUUGUCUCCGCGUGUCUGGCGAGAAAUGAAAGGAGACUGGUAACUUGCCUUUCAGCUGUACUGUGUGUAAUGGGUGGAUGUGUGACGUGGUGGGCUAAUGGUUAAUGUAAUAAUGUAUGGUACUUAGAUCUACACAAGACAUUGGUGGAUUUGAAACUUUGCCUUGCCAAUUAAUCCAAUGCUGAUGAUUAUUAUUAGUACAUGUGUAGGAGUACUGGUACUAAUAAUGUUUCUGUUUUGUUUUUUCUUUUUAUUUAGGUCUCUCACCCGUAGAUGUAGCAAGAGGAAGAAAAGUACAGACAGUGCUUAGAGGUGUGUUGAUAUACUUUGAUACAGUAUGUCAUAAAAACCUACCUUACAAGACAACAUGUAACUUCUUCUUAAAUGGACUGUUAUUUGAGAGAGCUUUAAUUUUUGUCAAUUUUUUUUCUUAUUUAUUUUCUUCUGGGCUUUCAGUGUUUGGUCAUAUAAUGGUGUUUUAUUUAUAUGUAUUCAUGAAUUUUAGUUUCAUACAGUCUGCUCCCUGGUAAAAAUUUGCUUUUUUACUUGUAGAUGCUUGGGCAGAACAAACCAAAUAUUUUAAAUCAAAGAGAAUCUUUUCAGGUAAAGUACUUGUAUGCUUUGUAGAUGCGGCAAUGAAGGAAAUAAACAAAUUAAAAAGGAUGGCAAAUAUCUGGAAUAAAUUUUUCAUCAGCAAGUUAUUGUAAUCGUUAUCACUAGAUCAUCCUUGUUGUCCUUCUUGUACAUGGCAUAAACCAUAAAUGUUUUAUUUUAAACAGCUCCUGUGCAACCUGCUGAUCAAAAAGACCUGACUGAGCCAAACACCCAGACUGCAGUAACACAGCAAGUCUCUGAGGUGGUUCUUACAAGCAGUUUUUAUUAGAAGCUUUUAGAUUCGAGCUGGACAAGACAACUACCGGACGAGAAUUGACGAGGUUUUUUCGCGUAUUCUCCAAAAACAGAAACCCCGGAAAGCUUCAUUUUACUUUUUCACCAGACAAGUUAGCACGAGUAUCUAAUUGAAGGAGGCUAACCCCUCUACUGAUCGCGAAUGAUAAAAGUUUCAACUUUUGAAAACUUGUUUCCCUCCAAUACGACAUUAGGAAGUUAAAGACCCCGUUUACACGGGUCUGGACAAAUUUUUGAACGGGCAAAAACUUGCACGGAUCCGCCUUUCCUUUACACGAGACCUACGGAACCGUGCAGAUUUUUUGACCGAGAAAGUGUGUUAAUUUGCUCGUUUCCGUGUAAACGGGGUCACACAGGUAAGAAAAUUGUCCCGACCCGUCUAAGCGAGGUCUAAGGCCUAAGAUGACACGACAGAAACAGCAACGUGAACGUCAAAAAAGUAUUGGUUGAACAGGUAAAACAACAACUCUGCACGUGCAGAACGCUCUUUUGUACAUUUCUUUGCCGUCACUGCACGACUACGAUGUGAAAAUGUCUAGUUUCACGUUUUAUGCAGGAAGUGAAAUUGGUUAUGGUUCUUAUAAAUUCAGCUCUAGAAGAUUUCGCUUGUAUUUGACAAAGUAGGCGAGUUGGAAAAAAUGUCGCGAUAGAGACGUCUUCGCCUUAAAAUUCCUUUUUAGAAUGACGGCGGCUAUCGCUUUUUUCCGGGAAAUUGACACUAGUUCACGCUCGCGCACUACUUAUAUAGAGUUUAGAAAAUCUCGUGCUCGUAGUCGUCCGCUUCUGAGAAUCUAAAGGUCUCUAUUGUUAGCUCCUCUGCAUCCUAUUUCCAACAAUGAUUUUCUUUGGUCUCAAGAGUGGUCACAUGAUCUUGACAACAUUGAUUGUCCUUAUUUUAUAGGAAUCUACUAUUACUCGACUCAACACUGCCCCACUCCAAGAAGUAGAAAGUAAGUGAAAAAAGAAAAGAAAAGUUGCAAAAGAUCCAAAUUAUAUAUAUGCGCUUUUCUAAACUCUUACUCUUAUCUAGAUUUAUUGGGUGCAGUUAUAACUUGUGAUAUUUUCUCUUUGAAGGUUUGAAUCGUUCGUUCUCUUGUUUUCCACAGAAAGUGUUAAAAAAAGGUCGUCUCAAAAUUCAUUACGAGACUUUUCCGCACUUGAAGAAAGGUAUGUAUAGUGAUAGCAUGCAGAACAGCCGCAUUAUUAUUAUUAUUAUUAUUGCAUAUUCUAGGAGAGCGCAGAGAACGAGCGACGAGACAGGCGAAUAACGCUAUCGUUGUGCAUCGCAAUAACCUGAGCCGAAUUUAUAAAAGUUACGCAAGUUUCGCAGGCUUCCUAGUCUGUGUACAAACGUCUACAGUUUUUGUUCCACGCGCGACGGAAAAGGAAGUAGGCACGCGUAAAACUAUCCUUGAUUUCAUACUAAUAAUGCUCGGUUUGGUGUCAAUGAUACUGCCUUACUUAUAUUAUGCUCGGGCAAUUGUUGCUUGUUUUUUUUACCAGGAAAAACAUUCUUCCCUCAAGAAAGAUUUCUGAUGUUCGCAUGCCAAGAAUUCCAUCAGUUUCCACAACAAACUCGAACCCAGGUUCCCGGUCUUCUUCUGGUUUAGUUUUCCGAGAGCAGUCCAGGGAACAAUUUCUGGGUGAGUUCCGUAUUUCAAUAAAAUACAAACGUGUUUUUCUUGAUGGCGAAGCUUUGUUAAUUGUUUGAGGAAAGAUUGUCCUAAUAGCGAGCUUUUAGAACUAUUUGCUGUUGGUAAUUUCAGUUUCAAGUGAAAGAGAUGCCCAAGUGACUUCAGGGGCCUUGCCAAGUUUGUCUGUUCUCAACAUCGAGCUAAGAUAUGUCAGGUAAAUAGAAGAUAUUUUCUCUUAUCUCAUGUGUUGAAGCAUUUUAGCCAGUCGGCAUCUAGUGUGUUGUGUUGUUUUUGUUUGUUUCUCUUGGACAUACCCUUCUAUCAAGUGACAGGCGGGACACAACCCUUUAUAAAGACAGAGUAACUAAACAGUCAAACCCCAUCUUUGAGGAGUAAUUAAGUUUCCGGGUCUUAAGGAUGUGACAACAUCAUGGAGGGUACCCACUUAAUGUAGCUUCGUGUUUGAAAGGAUUGACUGUAUUGUGCUCCCCUGUUAUUCCUUGUUAAAGUGUAUAGACCUUUUUGCUCUGUUUAAGUUCCUGCUUUUCUUUUCUUAGAAAUUUACGUGGAGAAAAACCAGAGUCGCGGAAUAAAAACCGUCCCUACCAUUUACCUCUUCCGCCUAAUCAUCGCAUUCGUCAUAGACUUUCAAGCCCAGUCCUCACGUAUCAACGCAAGAUCUCUCCACCAGGAACACCUGAGAAGGACUUGCGACUAAGAUCGUCAUCGACCAGUCAGGUCCCAAGUCCCCGAGUAGCUGUACCGUCACGAGUGCCUCCUUUGGGAGUGAACCGAGUACUGACCCCAGAGUUGAGAUCCAUCACUUCACCAGAUAUAGCGCAACCCAACUUACCUGUAGCAGCUGAUGUCGUAGAUCUUGGUACGUACGCAAAUACUUCUUUUUCUUGGCGUUUUAUGUUACUGUGUAAUACCCGUUCUGGCUAAAUUGCUUCAUAGCGCCUUUAAGUGUUGUUCAGAGUUGAGCCUAGCCCAAACCCUGUCCUCUGUAACUUUUUGCUACUUUUUCGUUAUAUUCAUUUUAUUCAUUUAUUCAUUUCGUCUAUUUAUAUAUUUAUUAUUUCUCAGAUCUACUUAGAAACAACGUUCUUCGAGGCGGAGUAGUUUCAGCCGGGGAAGUCUCGCCGCCACCACCCUCCCCCCGUGGGUCUUCACGUGCGUCUAAUACAAGCCAAGGAGAAGGAGAACUGGAAUCUAACCAGACGCUUACUGCCGAGGGAGGCAAUAUGACAGAAACCUUUACGUCAGUUCCACGCUCCAUGUUUUGGAUUCCCGCGGGUGAUAGUAGCAGUGAUAAUAACACAGAAUCCAGUGAGAAAAUGAAAAGGGAUUCAUCAUCAAACGGGACACAAUUUUACAUCGACCUUGAGAACUUAGAGGCUCUUGCCUCGGGUAACUGUUCGUUGUGCGGUGAAUCCCUUCCCAAGGAAAAACGCGCGGGACGGAGAGACUCCAACGAGUCGUCUCCGGGUAAAGAGUUUUGUAAGACUUGUCAACCUCGUCGUAGAUCAAGUGAAGAUGUUUUCUGGAUUCCUUUUACCGAUAAGAGAAAAGCUUCGGCAUUAAAAACUUUGAAAGGCGAAAGUGGAGAUGAAGCCACGAAAACAGACAGCAGAAAGAAAUCUAAUGAUGAAACUAAAGAACAGUGCAAAAUUCAUCAGAUGUCAGACAACGAGGCGGAAAAUCAAACAAAAAGGAACUCAACUUCUGUUAUGGAACAUGAAAACAAAGCGGUUGUGUUGGCAAAUGGUUCUAGUAAGGCUUCAGCAUCUUCUCAACCGCGGCUUCAUUCGUUUCCUUCAGACAUGACAGGUUUCAACGUUUCGUGUGUAUGUGAUAAUACUACAGGCGUUUGCUCUUGUACAAUUGUGAAGAAGGACUUACUUACUUCAUCAUUUCCUGCUGAACAAUCAAGUAAAACCGAUACGUCCUCGUCUUCAAACCAUUCAAUUGACAUCGCGGCAUUAAGGACUAGUUCUGCAUCAGUGGAUGUUGUAAAGACUGUUGGUGAAGCAAGCUCAUUGGUAGAUUCCACGCUUGCCACUCGACCAGGAGAUAUCUCUGCUUCUGCUUCUUCUUCUACGCCCGUUUUCUCUCCGUCUACAAGUAAAUUUAAGGCAAGGAAAGAAACCGACAUAACUCUCAAAUCUUUUUCGGAAACUGAUGUUUAUAAUCCGGCAAAUCAAGAGAGCACUACAGCAUCGUUAAGCAAUGAUAGAAGACAGAAUGGUGAUAGUAAUGAUAAAGGCUUUGGUGAGGUUUUUGAACGAGAGGUGCUUGAUGAAGGUUAUACAGAGAAUUCGGUUUUAAAUUCAUCUUUAGAUGCUAGUCUACCCAAACAAGCAUGGACCACGCCCAGAGUAGAGGAGACUAGCGCACAUAGUGUGAGGAUUAUCACCCCCUUUCCGUCACCUGUACCCCCUGAAAACAAGUCCGCUGUACACCCUCCUAUCGGACCCGCAGAUGAAACAAGGAUUGGGAAUAAAAGACCAACAGCAGGUAGAAAGGGUAAGAAAGGAGGCUCAAAACCAUCGGGGAACUCUAAGAGUGGCAAACCUAAAACGAAAAGCAAAGGCCAGGAAAACAACGGCAAGGGCGGGAAGAAGAAAGGCAAAGGAAAGAAGAAAGACGACACGAAAAUGAUAACUGUACAGCAAAGGGAAGUCAGGGAAGAGCUUGGACUUAAGACUAUUUCCCAGGGGGGUUUUGAAAUGCCGGAGGAUGUGCCGGUACCCCCUACCUUGUCAAUGGACUAUCUUUCAGAAAUCUAAUGAUGAAACUAAAGAACAGUGCAAAAUUCAUCAGAUGUCAGACAACGAGGCGGAAAAUCAAACAAAAAGGAACUCAACUUCUGUUAUGGAACAUGAAAACAAAGCGGUUGUGUUGGCAAAUGCUUCUAGUAAGGCUUCAGCAUCUUCUCAACCGCGGCUUCAUUCGUUUCCUUCAGACAUGACAGGUUUUAACGUUUCGUGUGUAUGUGAUAAUACUACAGGCGUUUGCUCUUGUACAAUUGUGAAGAAGGACUUGCUUACUUCAUCAUUUCCUGCUGAACAAUCAAGUAAAACUGAUACGUCCUCGUCUUCAAACCAUUCAAUUGACAUCGCGGCAUCAAGGACUAGUUCUGCAUCUGUGGAUGUUAUAAAGACUGUUGGUGAAGCAAGCUCAUUGGUAGAUUCCACGCUUGCCACUCGACCAGGAGAUAUCUCUGCUUCUGCUUCUUCUUCUACGCCCGUUUUCUCUCCGUCUAAAAGUAAAUUUAAGGCAAGGAAAGAAACCGACAUAACUCUCAAAUCUUUUUCGGAACCUGAUGUUUAUAAUCCUGCAAAUCAAGAGAGUACUACAGCAUUGUUAAGCAAUGAUGGAAGACAGAAUGGUGAUGGCAGUGGUAAAGGCUUUGGUGAGGUUUAUGAACGAGAGGCGCUUGAUGAAGGGUAUACGGAGAAUUCGGCUUUGAAUUCAUCGUUAGAUGCUACUCUACCCAAACAAGCAUGGACCACGCCCAGAAUAGAGGAGCCUAGCGCUCAUAGUGUGAGGAUUAUCAACCCCUUUCCGUCACCUGUACCCCCUGAAAACAAGUCGGCUGUUCACCCUCCUAUCGGACCUGCAGAUGACACAAGGAUUGGGAAUAAAAAACCAACAGCUGGUAGAAAGGGUAAGAAAGGAGGCUCAAAACCAUCGGGGAACUCAAAAAGUGGCAAACCUAAAACUAAAAGCAAAGGCCAGGAAAGCAACGGCAAGGGAGGGAAGAAGAAAGGCAAAGGAAAGAAGAAAGACGACGUGAAAAUGAUAACUGUACAGCAAAGGGAAGUCAGGGAAGAGCUUGGACUUAAGACUAUUUCCCAGGGGGGUUUUGAAAUGCCGGAGGAUGUGCCGGUACCCCCUACCUUGUCAAUGGACUAUCUUUCUACGUUUCGGCCUUUUAACAGUCGGACGCUUAAAGGAAAACACACUAUCUUGAGCCCAAUACCGGAGUCCCCUCGGAGCAAGGCAAGCACCCCACGGGUCAGUGAUACUUCCGAGAUUGUAACAGAGAGUUAUAAAGGGAGCCCGGAGGGAAACGCGGUCGAAAACCUCGCGUUAGGAGGUACGGAUGAAAAAGUCUUGGACACUUGCGGAGGAGAAGCUAUGAGAGAAGAGUUUGAUGAAGUAGAUGGAGGAAUUAUAGGUAAAUUAAAGGCAAUUGGGAUGUGUGUACCCCGGCUAUCUUUUGGAAAAUCGAAGACAGUUUCUGGGUCCGAUGACGAUUGUAGUGAGCCGCCUGUUACGCGUUCUAAUAAGGGUGCAGUUCAGGAUCAACAGCAUGCGCUGGCUGAAAUCAUUGAUACAAGUGAUAAUUAUGACAUACAGGUUAAGCAGGUUACACAGGAUGAAGCUGAUGACGUCAUGGAAGAGAUGGUGAAGCGUGGACUUGGUUUACGAGAAGGUAUGGAAGCUAGGGUAACCUCAUCUGAUGGGCGUGCUGAGUCAGAAAGUCACAUCAUCACCGACGAUUCCUUGACCAACAUAACAAGUGAAACGAGCUCCAGCCUCUCACAGGACGGUGAACAAUGGGUUUUAAGCUACCAACACUCAAGAGACUUUUCAUCUAACCCGGUUACCGAAUCAGACAUAAUUUUCCCGAGUGAAGAAGCCGAACGACAGUCUUUUGGUUCCCGAGCAUCUUCGGAGCUAAGUUCGAGCUCAUACUCGGAACAGUUUUCCGACACGGACUCAUCGUACAAUAGUUGUGACUCGGAAUCACCUCGCCCUCUCUCGCCAGCCUCCUCGCUAAACAGCAGCGACACUUACUUCAACUCACCACGUGACUCCUCCUGCACGGACACGCCCACACCUGACAGAGACAUGCGCUCUGACAACUCCGUGGAAAUUGAGUACUACGAGCGCAUGGCUAGAGAAAAGUCUGGUGCCAGCAGGAGUAGUAGCAACAGCUCUACUAUUCGAACGCAGUCUAACGCAUCACUUGGCAGUGUGGGUAAUAUUUCCCAGAGUUCAAUGGGUAGCUUUUCUAGUGUUAUGUCUGAGAACGUCGUUCGGAGUCGACUCAGUGCGUCUGCUCAGAGCCAGCUGUCCUCGGACAGCUGUGAAGAAGAAAUUAUUUGGAAGAAAGGGAACUUUUUGGGAAAAGGAGCAUUUGGAACGGUGAGUAGACGUUUUGAUUACCAGCAAUCGUAAAAAAAGGUGGAAGUCGAAAAACCCCCUGUGUAUUCAUUACUGUCAACCCUCAAUAUAGUCUGCUUCACAGCCGUUCUUUGCCUCGUCACGCAACGCUCCUCCCCGCAAAGCGUUGCGUAACGACCCAAAAACGGCUGUGGAGCAGACUACCUCGUUAUUGGCCACCCGAUUGUUUCUUCAUUGUUGCUGAUUCUUUCCUGAGCCUCCUCCUUUUUAUUUUUUGAUCGCAAUGUUUAAGAACACCUUGUCUGCAACCUGUUCAUCCUGAAUUUUUCGUGAUCUCGUAUUGUGUAAAUUGAACGUUUGUGUGGCGCACAUUUUUCCCAGGUUUGGUGCGGUCUCACUAACACAGGAGAGAUGAUCGCAGUAAAACAAGUUGAACUCAAUCACAGCAACUGGGACGAAGCUGAAAAGGUAUUUAACCAUACAUAGGGUUCUCAUUAAGUGCCGGCAGCCGGCUAAAAAGCCCACUACUUGGAGGUUUGAGCCAUCUACUUUUUGGGGAAAUAGGGUAAAGUGAGAGAAUGAAAGCCUGAAAUUGCCUACAGCACGCAGUUACCAAACCGCCUACUUUAACAUCCUAGCUGUCUACUUGAAAAAUUAAUGAGAACCCUGAUACAGAAUCUAAUAUAACCGAUUUUCAACGAUUCUCUCACUCAAAAUGAACACCGAGCUGAGACCAUGUACUCAACUUGCGCCUCAACUUCUGCUCUGUAUUAGUAUGAACCACUCAGUUCAUAAUUGCGGCCUUCCUCGGAGACUCAGGGACAGAUAGUGAGGACGAGGGAAAGUCUAAACGGGCGGAAAAGUAUGGCACGAAGAAAAGUCAUGAACGGCGAGAAGAGCCCCUGGGGACAAUGUCUUACCAGACGAGUUCCAAACGGUCGCCGCCGUUCUGGCUUCUGAAUGGUGCCAGAAAACUUAUCAGAAGCCAAAACGGCGGCGACCGUUUGGAACUCGUCUGGUAAGACAUUGUCCCCAGGGGCUCUUCUCGCCGUUCAUUACUUUUCUUCGUGCCAUAUUUUUCCGCCCGUUUAGACUUUCCCUCGUCCCCACUAUCUCCCCCUGGGUCUCCGAGGAUGUAUUGCGGCCCAUUAUUUAUUCUUUCACAUUUAUAUAAAUGAACCUUUUUGGUCUCGUUUGAAAGUAACAAUUCUUUUUUAUUUUGCACGUGUUAAUGAGGUUAGACAGGCUAAUUAUCAUACAUAAAACAAAUGUAUCAAUAGGACCCGAUAAAUUCCCAUUUUGUUGUUCCGCUCAGUGUCAGAACUGAGCUUACCUGCAUAUUUUAGCCUGAGCAAAUAUUGCAUUUUAUGAGUGGUCGCUGUAGUUUUCUCUUCUUUAACUUUUUUUAGCAAUACGAAAAACUUCAGGAAGAAGUGUCCCUGCUGAAAUCUCUGAAACACAAUAACAUAGUGAAGUAAGUAUAGAACUUUUUUUUUUUUUCAGCCUUAUUCUGAGCGAGGUAGAUUUCUUUCCCUGGUCAAGAUCCUUACAGGUUCUAGAAUCAAGGAGGUGGUUAACUAUACAAAACGCAAUCCGCCAGGCUUCACGCAAACACAUAUACGUAAUCUAAGCAUUUUGCUGGGUAUUGCUUAUCGUAUUAAAGCACAAUUUAGUUAACAUCUUUCUUCUCGCAAUUUAGUAACGUCCAUAGAUCGGGANGGCACGAAGAAAAGUCAUGAACGGCGAGAAGAGCCCCUGGGGACAAUGUCUUACCAGACGAGUUCCAAACGGUCGCCGCCGUUCUGGCUUCUGAAUGGUGCCAGAAAACUUAUCAGAAGCCAAAACGGCGGCGACCGUUUGGAACUCGUCUGGUAAGACAUUGUCCCCAGGGGCUCUUCUCGCCGUUCAUUACUUUUCUUCGUGCCAUAUUUUUCCGCCCGUUUAGACUUUCCCUCGUCCCCACUAUCUCCCCCUGGGUCUCCGAGGAUGUAUUGCGGCCCAUUAUUUAUUCUUUCACAUUUAUAUAAAUGAACCUUUUUGGUCUCGUUUGAAAGUAACAAUUCUUUUUUAUUUUGCACGUGUUAAUGAGGUUAGACAGGCUAAUUAUCAUACAUAAAACAAAUGUAUCAAUAGGACCCGAUAAAUUCCCAUUUUGUUGUUCCGCUCAGUGUCAGAACUGAGCUUACCUGCAUAUUUUAGCCUGAGCAAAUAUUGCAUUUUAUGAGUGGUCGCUGUAGUUUUCUCUUCUUUAACUUUUUUUAGCAAUACGAAAAACUUCAGGAAGAAGUGUCCCUGCUGAAAUCUCUGAAACACAAUAACAUAGUGAAGUAAGUAUAGAACUUUUUUUUUUUUUUCAGCCUUAUUCUGAGCGAGGUAGAUUUCUUUCCCUGGUCAAGAUCCUUACAGGUUCUAGAAUCAAGGAGGUGGUUAACUAUACAAAACGCAAUCCGCCAGGCUUCACGCAAACACAUAUACGUAAUCUAAGCAUUUUGCUGGGUAUUGCUUAUCGUAUUAAAGCACAAUUUAGUUAACAUCUUUCUUCUCGCAAUUUAGUAACGUCCAUAGAUCGGGAAGUUCCGUUUUUUAAGUCCCGUAAAAACUUCGUUCCACACCAGUGGCGUACCUUGUCAUCGGGAUGAUCAGACUGGUACGAAACUAAUGUUUUCUAGCAGGUUUUGAGACCAUUUUCAUAUUCUUGUUUUCCUCGACUGUUUUUAGGUUCAUUGGCACUUGUUUAGAUGGAGGCGUGGUAAAUAUCUUCAUGGAGUACGUGCCCGGCGGCUCCAUUGCCUCUAUACUUGCACGGUAAGGUUCCAAAACGAACGCAGUAGUGUGUUGUUUAUUCAGUCUAUAUCCACGCUACGCUACUCCGUUUAAAAUAGUAAACUCAUGCAAACGUAAGCGUUUGUGACACGCAGACAAGCCAACUACGCGAAUGUCAGUAACGCGAAUGACUUCCUAAAUGGUAAAACCCUGCCGGACUGGAACCUUUACUAGCAGAGUAGAAAAGGUUGGGACACACAUGCGCUGCUACAAUAAGCUUUUUUUUACAUGUGAGACACAUCUUACGUUACCUUACCAUACCCUAAGCCGUUCGUGGCCUGUGAAUGGACAAAACUCAUUUUUGUACGAACAUUUACGUCGUAGUUUUCAAGUGAAUAAGGCAAUUCAAGGAUCAACUGUGUAUUUAAUGUGACUGUUUCACUGUCUCUUAGGUUUGGAUGUCUUUACGAGUCUGUUUUCCGUCGCUAUACUAAGCAGCUGUUGUCAGGCGUGUCCUAUCUUCAUAACAACAACGUUAUUCAUAGGUUAGUAAUUCACAGCCAGUUUCAACUAAACUGUUACUUAAUCCUUACAUGGCACCCGUUUUAAGGAUUAAAGCAAAGCACUGGCCUUUUUGUUGUCCGCUUUCUAAGCAGAUAUUCAUGAAAAAUGAAAUGUACAACGUCAUAANUACAUGUGAGACACAUCUUACGUUACCUUACCAUACCCUAAGCCGUUCGUGGCCUGUGAAUGGCCAAAACUCAUUUUUGUACGAACAUUUACGUCGUAGUUUUCAAGUGAAUAAGGCAAUUCAAGGAUCAACUGUGUAUUUAAUGUGACUGUUUCACUGUCUCUUAGGUUUGGAUGUCUUUACGAGUCUGUUUUCCGUCGCUAUACUAAGCAGCUGUUGUCAGGCGUGUCCUAUCUUCAUAACAACAACGUUAUUCAUAGGUUAGUAAUUCACAGCCAGUUUCAACUAAACUGUUACUUAAUCCUUACAUGGCACCCGUUUUAAGGAUUAAAGCAAAGCACUGGCCUUUUUGUUGUCCGCUUUCUAAGCAGAUAUUCAUGAAAAAUGAAAUGUACAACGUCAUAAAAAUAGAAUAAAUCAUAAUUAUAAUGAUAAUAGUAAACUUGAACAGCGCCAAUUUGAACAGCGCUAUUUUAAUAAGCGUUUAAAAGAAAAUUGUAAUAAAAUCCUUAAAAUGAACCAUGGAAAAGUACAGCUAAAGGGUUUUUUGUUUGAACGAUUAAACCAAAGUCUCUCCUCGACAUCCUCUACGCCUUUCACUCCCAAAAGGGCCGAGGUAAAAAUUCAACAAAAGUUGAAGUUUGAUUUUGUAAAGUGCUAAAAACAAAUUGUACCCUUUGAAAUUACUACCCACCGGAGAGGUUUCAUUUGAAUGGUCAUACCGCAGUAUCUCGUCCAUACACUCAAAGUUUAGUACAGUAGGUCCCCGUUAAUACGGACAUUGAGCGGGCCAUAGAAAGUGUCCGUAUUAACCGGGUUUCGGUAUUGAGCGGGUUGAUAUUAGGGAACCUGUAGGCGCUUUCUUUCCCCAGGAACAAAGCAAAGUGUCCGUAAUAAUGUUAUGUUUGUAUUGAGCAGGUGUCUGUAAACCGGGGUUUGACUGUCAAUAAUUAAUAUAAAUCAAUAAUUUAUUUACCCACGUUAUCGUCUAAGAGCACAAGUGCUCGUUCAAAAUACGAACGUGCAUUAAAAACCACCUUACAAGACUCCAUCAUCAUUCAUUCAAGGGCGAAGGGUACAAGAAACCCCUCUUACCAUCUUGAAUAUCAAAUUGACCAUGAAGUGACUAAUUACAGUCAGUCAUAACGUAGAAAUCUACGUUGGAAAAAAGCGUUGUAAGGAUUAGUCUUUUCUCCCUUUCGUUUAACUAGUGCUAAGUUGUGAACCUCGUGCUAUUUUCAUCUUGCAGAGACAUCAAAGGUGGGAACAUUAUGGUCAUGCCUAGUGGUGUUCUCAAGUUGAUAGACUUCGGUUGCGCUAAACGUUUGUACAUGGUAAGUUUGUGCUUAUAAAUUAGUGACAGCAAUUCCUUGCUUUUAAUCAACGUCGUUUAAAGUGUCCUCUCCUACUCCGAGCACGAGUCGGAGAGGACCCUGGGAAGAGGGUUUUAAUAAGAAGAGCAUUCAAGGUUUUCUGCUACAGGUAAAUAUGCCCGCGUUGUUUUACUAUUUUGCAACGCAACCUAGUAAGCAGCGGAAACCACCUUCGUUUGCAGAGUUCAUUAAGUAAGGCGCCAACAGUACAAUAGACCACGUACCUAACCCUGACCUCCUGUCGGCGUUUUACUGACAAGAUUUUAGCCUUUUCUAGGCUCCAAGCUGGAGCCUAUAACCUGGAGCGAACAGUUCUCGUACUAAGCCCAUCCAACGGCGUUUUCACAGACUAGUUUAUAUUUAGCAUCAUUUUGCGGCACUUUUUCCCGCUAACAUGGAAGCACAGUCCCGUAUGCGUACGCAUCCAUACUCCAAUAAUGACUAUCAAAGCAUCAGAAGUACUAUUUCCUAGCCUCCAGUUUUUGCUGCCUGAUUUGUAAGACUUAUUUGGUGGUCAAAAUUCGCGAGAAAAUCGCUGUUAAAAUAAAGUGAUCUAUGAAAACACCGUUGCAUUGGCACAAAACGUUUAUUGCUCCGAGUUAUGGGCUCCCGCUCCAAGAUAGUAAUUUGCAGAGAUCGUGAAAACUGAUUUGAUGCGAAAAACCCGCUGGGGUAGGGGAGAGAAAAGGAACGCACGAAGGAAGUCAGCUCCCAUCUCCGAUAACAAUGUGGCUGGAUGUCAAACCCGACCUUCACGAAUUCGGCCGACGCUUAAUGCUUCCGCUGCUGGGACGCAAGAGGGAUAUCUGUUGAUAUUUAUGUUGCCGCAUUAUUUUUUCAUAUCACGUAUUAAAAGCCUUUUUCGCGACCUCACGUGUUUGUAAAUUUGUUUCAGAAUCUUAGUAUGAGUCAGAGCAAUAUUCUUCGGUCUAUGAAAGGCACACCCUAUUGGAUGGCGCCCGAGGUCAUCCGGGAGACUGGACACGGCCGGAAGUCAGAUAUCUGGUCAGUGAAAGUUUUUUCUUGUCACCUUGGUAUUUUAAAGUCUAUUGUGUUUAUGGCAUUUAUUGAUUUCUACGUGUUGAUGAUUAUGUACAGUUAAUCUAUUUAUUUAUUUUAUUUUUUAUCAGGAGUGUUGGAUGUACAGUUUUUGAAAUGGCUACCUGUAAACCUCCAUGGUAAGUUGUUAAUUGCGAUCCUACCAUCAAAGAUUUCCGGUAAUAAGUAUUAGAGAAAGACUUAACACUUGAACAUACAGUACCGCGUGGAAGCAAGUUUGUUAUCACUCAUGUCUCGAGACUCGAGACUUCAAACCCGAAAUUUUCAAAUCUCGAGUCUCGAGACGCGACUUUCGAGUUUCGGUACCAAAGUUUCGAGUCGAGAAAUGUAAAUUGUUAAAAUGUAGAAAUGUGAUAGUGUAAGACAAUCGUAAAUAAAAACAACUGUAUUCUGUUAUACUGGCAUAAUUUGAUAUUUUAAGAGUGUGAUAAGAGGCCUUUUUUAAUGAGAAAAAGAAAUUACACCAAAACAUUUAUCAAGGCUCUUAUUUUGCUUUUCAGGUCUGAUAUGGUUCCAAUGGCCGCUAUCUUUGCCAUCGGAAGUGGCUCGUUGGCGAUUCCGCAACUUCCCGAAGAUUCCUCGGAGGGCGCUCGGGACUUCGUGAACAAGUGUUUGACCAGGUAUUUUUUUAUGUUUUAUGAUAGAAAGAACUUCAGGUAGGCCCACAAAGUUUACAAUGUUAACCGACUCUCAUACUCUUCCAGGUUUGCCCGAUGUUAAAGAAAACUUUGAAAUGUACUUUUCCCGUAUGCAUCAAUAUAUCACUAAUGAUUUUUCGCCUUUAUUAAUGAGCCAUCUGUUUAUAAUUGCAGGGACCCGGACUUGCGCCCUACGGCUGAUGAGCUUCUUCAACACCACUUCCUAAACGACUCUUAG